CGGUUUUAACUGUUCGGCGCGCACGCACACAAACGUUUCGUAAAGUAUAAAAUAAUAUUUUGCUGGUAAUCAAAUACCAAUAGUAGUUUCAUUACUGUCUAUUGAAUUCAAUGUAUAUUUUCUUGAAUAGUCGAUGAAUUUAUUACGUUCAUGUGUCCUGUUUAGUAGCUCGAAGCUCGAACGCGAACACAUGCAUAAGACUAGUGACUUGAAUUUGCUGUCUACUACCACUCUCUGCUGAACUCUGCUCUCUCCAUAGAGAUAAUAUCUCUAUGGCUCUCUCUGCUCUGUCAGUGUAAAGUGUAAAGUGUAAACACUCUCCAAGAGAUAUUUCAAACUUAAUUUAUUCUUUAUGUUACGUGUAAUAAAGGUGUUCAAUGUUGUAAAAUUAAAUUUGUGUAAAUUCAAGCAACAUCGUUACCUUAUCGUGAGAUUUAAGAGUUCCGUACAGAAGAUGAAAGUCCUGAAUGUGGCAGAAAAGAACGAUGCCGCGAAAACCAUCGCUGGUUUUCUGUCCCGUGGUAGUUCCAAAAGGAGAGAUGGAUUGAGCCCAUACAAUAAGAUCUAUGAAUUUAGUGUACAGUUGUGGAAUAAGAAUUGUGACAUGAUCAUGACAUCCGUGUCUGGUCACUUAUUGAAUUAUGCAUUCGUUGGAUCGUAUUGUAAAUGGCAAAGUUGCCAUCCAUUAGCAUUGUUUGAUGCACCCGUAAUAAAACAGUGUCCGGAUGAGAAUGGUGUAAAAAUUAAGAGAACAUUGGAAAGAGAAGUGAAACAAUGCCAGGCAUUAAUUAUUUGGACAGAUUGUGAUCGUGAAGGAGAAAAUAUAGGUUUCGAAGUUAUUCAAGUCUGUCAGGCUGUCAAACAGAAUAUUCUUAUAUAUAGGGCAAAAUUUUCUGAGAUCACGAGUAUAUCUGUAAAUAGAGCUCUUCAGAAUCUGUGCCAGCCAGACAAAGCAAUCAGUGAUGCUGUUGAUGUAAGAAGUGAAUUAGAUUUAAGAAUAGGUGCUGCAUUCACAAGGUUUCAAACGUUGAGAUUACAACAAGUAUUUCCUCAAAGCCUUGCCGAUAUGUUAAUCAGUUAUGGUAGCUGUCAGUUCCCUACAUUAGGAUUUGUAGUUGAAAGAUUUUUGGCAAUAGAGAGAUUCAAGCCAGAACCAUAUUGGAAACUAAGGGUCACAGAUAAUCGUGAUAACAUUUCUGUGGAAUUUAGAUGGGCAAGAGUAAGGUUGUUCGAGAAAUUACCUUGCGAAGUACUUUUGGACACGUGUUUGGAGCGACCUAAUGCUACUGUAACAAAGAUAACAGUUAAACCCAAGAAUAAGUGGAGGCCGUUACCACUAGAUACAGUUGAAUUGGAAAAACAAUGUUCUCGUAAACUUCGCAUGAGUGCGAAGCAGGCAAUGAAAAUCGCAGAGAAGUUGUACACUCAGGGUCUCAUCAGCUACCCUCGCACGGAAACAAAUAUAUUUCCAAAAGAAUUGAAUUUAACUCCGUUGGUCAACGAACAAGUAAAUGAUUCGUCUUGGGGUAAUUUCGCUCAGCGAUUAUUACAAAAUGGAUUAACUCCCAGGCAAGGCAAGAAGAGUGACCAAGCCCAUCCUCCUAUACAUCCAAUAAAGUAUAGUAAUACUUUACAUGGCGACGAAGCGGAAGUUUAUAACUAUGUAGUUCGACAUUUUCUCGCUUGUUUAUCGAGUAACGCAGUGGGCCAAGAAACAGUCGUAGAGAUCGACAUAGCUGGGGAGAAGUUUAUUGCUAAUGGUCUCCGUAUCAUUGAGAAAAAUUAUUUAGAAGUAUACAUAUAUGAGAAAUGGUCGGACAAAGAAAUAGCCACGUAUCGAGAGGGAGAAGUUUUCAGACCAGCUGGCAUAGAUAUGGUCGAAGAGGAAACAUCCCCACCGCAAUUGUUAACCGAGGCUGAUUUGAUCAGCUUGAUGGACAAGUACGGCAUCGGUACUGAUGCCACGCACGCCGAUCAUAUAGAUACCAUAAAGUCUCGCCAAUACGUAGGCUUGAUGGAUGGAAAGCAUUUAAUGCCAGGAAAGCUUGGAAUAGGAUUGGUAAUGGGAUACGACAAUAUGGGUUUUCAAAUGUCGAAACCGGACUUGAGAGCUGAUUUAGAGAAAGGUCUCAAGUUAAUAUGCGAACGACAAAAGGAUCCAAAGGACGUUUUGAAAGAUCAGAUAGAUAAAUAUCGCGAGGUAUUUAAAAUAUCGCUGGAACGAGCCAACUUGAUCGAUCAGGCUUUAGCCGAGUAUCUCGGCGAACAUCCAAGCGGGUCGGAAGGUCCAGCGUUUAAUGAUCUGCCUGAGAAGACUACCAUUUUCAAGUGUCCGAAAUGUGGCUCGGACAUGGUCCUUAGAACCAGGAAACAGGGCACAGGAAAAUUUAUUAGUUGCAUGGGAUUUCCAACGUGUAACAAUGCAAUUUGGUUUCCUGAAAAUAUUGAAUCGGUCGACGUUCUCGACGAAGUUUGCCCACACUGUCCAGGAAAUAUACGAAAAUUAAAAUUCAAACUAACGCGAAAUCUGUAUACAAUGUUCGGUGCUGAUUAUACGACAUGUAUAGGUGGUUGUGACCCCGCCUUUAAUGAAGCUUUAUCUGUGAAAAAAGAUAAUAUAAUAAGUCAAGGCAGAAACGUCACCGAUUACAGUAGUCUAUCCAAUGAAUCUGUCAUUUCGAACUCAAGAAGCAAUGGGACUCGCGGGUUCUCUACUCAGAACCACGCCAGUAUAGGACUCGUUUCCGGAUCUCAGAAUCAAAACCGUCAUAAUAAUACAAACAGAUCGACGAACACUAGACCGCGGAACAACUUGAAGAGUCGUACGUCAGCUGAAGACAUUUCAGUUCCUGACGACUCAAGAUCAAAUCAAGAUCCACGAUGGAGUAGUAACGAUGCUGCUGUCAUGUGUAAUUGUCAUGAAGCCGCGAAUCAAUUUACAGUCAGAAAAGAAGGACCAAACCAGGGGAGACGGUUUUACACGUGUUCAAAACCUCGAGGUACUGGUUGUGAUUUCUUUCUAUGGGCAGAUGAUAGCCAGAAUGCGCAAAGCAAUACGACUAGAGAUUUAAAUAGGACAGCAGCUCCCAGUUUCAAUGCUGGACCAAGCUCCAUUGCUGGACCGAGCUACAACGAUGCGUCUUCAUCACUCACUGGCGAGAUUAAAUGUCGUUGUAACAUAGCAGCAGUUCGACGAGUUGUACGUAAAGACGGUCCUAAUCAGGGGCGACCUUUUUAUGGGUGCUCCAAGAGUAUAGAAGAAUCAUGCAAAUUCUUUCAAUGGGACGACGAAAACGCAGAAAACACAUUUAAUAACUCGUUCAGUAACCAAAAUAAAAGAAAGAGAGGAGAAAACAGAAGUAAAAACCCACAAACAAAAUCUCGUACUGCUAGGAAAUGCGGGAUUUGUAAAAUGGAAGGGCAUACAAGGAAGAAUUGUCCUCAGAAUGCAAUGGAUUGACAGCAAGUAAACAAAUUUAGUAUUGUAAAUACAUUUUUCCAUUAUUUUUAAUGUGGCUAGUCAAUUAACAAUAACUUUUAUAAAAAUUCACAAUGUGCC